GUUAUGUUUUUAAUGUCAUUGUCAUUAAAAGCUAAAGCGCGACUGAUGAAAAGUGGUGCAAUUAUUAAAUCACGGUGUAAUUGAAACAAUAUCAAAAUUGGACCUUUCAGUAAAUUAGUAAGGGCAUAUCAAUCUUUGAAUAUGUCCCACAGAACCCUGAUAGACUUCGUGGUUAAGUACCACACACCACGAUUGUUAAAUAACGUCGUAUUUUUUCCAAGCAAUGGAAACUCGUAUUUUGGUCGAAGAUUGUAUUUCCCUGCGCCGCUGUCUUCAUCAACACCUAAGGUACAAUCACCGAGAAACUUUAGUACAUCAACACCGAAAAUCAACGAGAUCCAAUUGACUCCUAAGCCUAAGAAGACCGAAGGAACCUUCCAGUUGAUGUUUACAUGUAAGAAAUGCAACACAAGGAAUACUAAAUUCAUUUCAAAACUAGCGUACUACAAAGGAGUUGUUAUUGUAAUUUGCGAAGGCUGUGACAAUAAGCAUUUAAUAGCUGAUAACUUGAACUGGUUUACGGAUAUGAAUGGCAAGAAAAACAUUGAAGACAUAAUGGCAGAAAAAGGCGAAACAGUACAGAAAAUAUUGUCAGCAGACCUGGAGUUUAUUGCUAAAGAAAUGGCAAAAGGUAUUGAGAAGAAUGAAGAAAAGUUAUUAAUAAAAGAGUGAAAGUGGUGGAACUUUACUUAAUUAAGUUACUUGUAGUUUUAUGCCUUAGAUUUAGUUAUUAUAGAAUAUUAUUUAUAAUUAGCUGUAGCUAAUUCUUAGACCUAUCAAGUGUCAUAAUAUGUGCCAAUAACAAUACCUACAUGUCAAGGUCAAAGACACAACAGGUUAAAAACAUUUAAACUGUAACUUGUAACAAUUACAUUACUUACAUAUUUUCCAUUUUGAUUUGUGUUAAAAAGAACUAUAUUGUCAUCUUUGGGAAAUGUAAAGAAAAUAAUUUACCUACCAGAUAUGGGGUAAUAGAUGUUCAGUUUUAAAACUUAGUUUCAAGACAAAAAUGUAAUUUAAAAAAGAUGAAGGAAAGAAAAUUGUAUUCAAUUCUAUAAUAAGUUUCUUAAUUACCUCACUGUGGUAUAAGGUAUGUUCAUACAAAUAUUUAAUUUAAUUUUUUUUUUUUUAAUGUAUAAUUUGAACUGUUUCAUCUCAUUUAAAAUGUAUAAUAUUUCUUAUGUCUAAGAAAUGGAAUAAUUUUGUGAUAGAUAGAGCUAAAAUUGUAAUAGAAUAACAAAUAAAAAUACAGAAAUAAAAAGA